AAGGGAGGGAGAGGCACUGAGUGAGGGCGGGUCCGCGAGUCCUCAGAGCCCGCCAGAGCCGUGGAGCUGCAGCCGGCAGACUUCUCUCGCACAGGGCUAGCGAAGAGCAUUUUCCAAGGCGCCUAGGACUCAGGCCCAGACCUACAAGCCUAUAAACUCUUGCUCAGGCUUUUUGGAAUAGCAGUUGGGGCCGGCGGUAUGAGUCCUCGGAAGCGAGGGGUCCCCUGUCUUUUCCCCUUGCAGCUCUUCAGUCUCUGCUGGGUCUUCUCAGUGGCCCAGAGCAAGACAGUGAGAUACAGCACCUUCGAAGAGGACGCUCCAGGUACGGUCAUUGGGACCCUGGCAGAAGACCUGCAUAUGAAAGUGUCCGGAGACACAAGCUUCCGCCUGAUGAAGCAGUUCAACAACUCGCUAAUCCAGGUGCGCGAAGGCGACGGGCAGCUGACCGUCGGGGACGCAGGCCUGGAUCGCGAGCGGUUGUGCGGCCGGGCCCCGCAGUGCGUGCUGGCCUUCGAUGUUGUCAGCUUCUCACAAGAGCAGUUUCGGCUAGUGCACGUGGAGGUGGAGGUGAGGGACGUCAACGACCACGCGCCGCGCUUUCCUCGAACCCAGAUCCCGGUGGAAGUGUCUGAGGGCGCCACCGUAGGCACGCGUAUCCCCCUGGAGGUGCCAGUGGACGAGGACGUGGGAGCCAACGGGCUGCAGAGCGUGCGCCUGGCGGAACCUCACAGCCCAUUCCGCGUAGAGCUGCAGACGCGCGCUGACGGCGCCCAGUGUGCGGACCUAGUGCUGCUGCAGGAGCUGGACCGCGAGAGCCAGGCCACCUACAGUCUGGAGCUGGUGGCCCAGGACGGCGGCCGCCCGCCGCGCUCCGCCACAGCCGCCCUCAGCGUGCGCGUGCUGGACGCCAACGACCACAGCCCGGCCUUCCCGCAGGGCGCUGUGGCCGAGGUGGAGCUGGCGGAGGACGCGCCAGUGGGCUCACUGCUGCUGGACCUGGACGCGGCCGACCCCGACGAGGGCCCUAACGGCGACGUGGUGUUCUCCUUCGGCGCCCGCACCCCGCCCGAGGCACGCCACCUUUUCCGCCUCGACCCGCGCUCGGGCCGUCUCACUCUGGCGGGGCCCGUGGACUACGAGCGCCAGGACACCUACGAACUGGACGUCCGAGCUCAAGACCGCGGCCCGGGGCCCCGCGCCGCCACCUGCAAAGUCAUCGUGCGCAUCCGCGACGUCAACGACAACGCGCCUGACAUCUCCAUCACCCCGCUGGCUGCCCCGGGCGCGCCCGCCACCUCGCCCUUCGCAGCGGCAGCAGCAGCCGCUGUUCUCGGGGGUGCGGAUGCGACCUCUUCGGGGGGUUCCGGGACUCCUGAGACCGGCGCCACCUCGCUGGUGCCGGAGGGGGCUGCGCGAGAGAGCCUCGUGGCGCUGGUCAGCACCUCGGACAGGGACUCGGGCGCCAAUGGGCAGGUACGUUGCGCCCUCUACGGGCACGAGCACUUCCGACUCCAACCGGCCUAUGCAGGCAGCUACCUGGUGGUGACCGCGGCAUCGCUGGACCGCGAACGAAUCGCCGAGUACAACCUGACGCUGGUGGCGGAGGACCGCGGCGCGCCACCGCUGCGCACAGUGCGACCCUACACGGUGCGCGUAGGCGACGAGAACGACAAUGCUCCUCUCUUCACGCGGCCUGUCUAUGAAGUAUCCGUGCGCGAGAACAACCCGCCUGGCGCCUACCUGGCCACGGUGGUUGCCCGGGACCCGGACCUGGGCCGCAAUGGCCAGGUCACAUACCGGCUGUUAGAAGCCGAGGUGGGCCGCGCCGGGGGCGCCGUGUCCACCUACGUCUCGGUGGACCCAGCCACCGGGGCCAUCUACGCUCUGCGCAGUUUCGACUAUGAAGCGCUACGCCAACUCGACGUGCGCAUCCAGGCGAGCGACGGAGGCUCCCCUCAGCUUUCCAGCAGCGCCCUGGUGCAAGUGCGGGUGCUGGAUCAGAACGACCAUGCGCCAGUCCUGGUGCAUCCAGCACCAGCCAACGGCUCACUGGAAGUGGCAGUCCCAGGACGCACAGCAAGGGACUCGGCCGUGGCGCGUGUACAGGCCCGGGACGCGGACGAGGGCGCCAACGGUGAGCUAGCUUUCGACCUGCUACAGCAGGAGCCACGCGAAGCCUUCGCCAUCGGCCGCCGCACGGGGGAGAUCGUGCUCACCGGAGACCUCUCACAGGAGCCCCCAGGCCGCGUGUUCCGAGCGCUGCUAGUAGUGUCCGACGGCGGCCGCCCUCCUCUCUCCACUAGCGCCACCGUCAGCUUCGUGGUAACCGCAGGCGGCGGGCGCGGGGCCGACGGACCUGCCAGUGCAGGGGGCACGGAGCGUUCUCGCCCGCCCGGCUCUCGGCUUGGGGCGUCCGGGCCGACGCUGCAGUGGGACACGCCGCUGAUCGUCAUCAUCGUGCUGGCUGGGAGCUGCACGCUGCUGCUGGCCGCCAUCAUCGCCAUCGCCACCACCUGCAACCGCCGCAAGAAGGAGGUGCGCAAAGGGGGGACCCUCCGGGAAGAGCGGCCCGGGGCGGCGGGCGGCGGAGCUUCGGCUCCCGGCUCCCCGGAGGAGGCCGCCCGGGGAGCUGGGCCUAGACCCAACAUGUUCGACGUGCUCACCUUCCCUGGCAGCGGCAAAGCGCCCUUUGGCAGCCCCGCCGCCGACGCGCCCCCGCCCGCGGUCGCUGCGGCCGAAGUGCCGGGCUCGGAGGGCGGCAGCGCCACGGGGGAAAGCGCCUGUCACUUCGAGGGGCAGCAGCGGCUCCGCGGCGCGCACGCCGAGCCCUAUGGUGCCUCCCCCGGCUUUGGGAAAGAGUCGGCGCCCCCUGUGGCUGUCUGGAAAGGGCACUCAUUCAACACCAUCUCUGGCCGAGAAGCGGAGAAGUUCAGCGGCAAAGACAGCGGAAAGGGGGACAGUGAUUUCAAUGACAGUGAUUCCGACAUCAGCGGGGACGCUCUGAAAAAGGAUCUCAUCAACCACAUGCAGAGUGGACUAUGGGCGUGCACCGCGGAGUGUAAGAUCCUCGGCCACUCUGACCGCUGCUGGAGUCCCUCCUGCGGGGGACCCAACGCACCUCCCCCGCUUAACCCACCAGCCCAAAUGUCUACCUUCUGUAAGAGCACGUCCCUGCCGCGAGAUCCCCUUCGCAGGGACAAUUACUACCAGGCCCAGCUGCCCAAGACAGUGGGUCUGCAGAGCGUCUAUGAGAAAGUUCUGCACAGGGACUAUGACAGGACAGUCACCCUUCUCUCCCCUCCCCGCCCAGGGAGGCUCCCAGACCUGCAGGAGAUCAGUGUGCCCCUCUACGAGUCCCCCCCUGGAAGGUACCUGUCCCCAAAGAAGGGGAGCAAUGAAAAUGUGUAAUCCCACACUGCAUGUCUUCACACAUAUACAGGUCACUCCGAGAAGCCCCUAAGUUAAUCAACUGGCUUGGUUUCAGUGUUGUAUAUAUAAAUAUGCAAGAUGUGCCUUAAAAUGAAGUUGGAAGCUAUUUCCAAUCAUAUUGGUACUGUUUGGUAUUUGCAAACAAACAAUGUAGUUAGUGUAAUUUUUAUGAAAUGUGUGCAAUAUUUCAUUUUUCUUAUCAUGCUAUGGAUUUUAAUUUCACUUGCGGUUUGCCAUUUUCUUAGUGUUUUUAACCUGUACAUUGUGUAAUGUAAUGUUUGUAUAUAAUGAAAUUUUGUUAUAUUUUUAUAUAAUAAAAGCUUAAGUGGAAGUUACUGCCAAAGGAAUUGUCUGUAAGACACACACACAAAAAAAAAUUAAAAAUACAUGUUGGAAUUACUGAAUAACAAUUUAUCUUUCACCUGAAACAAUCUAGUGUUUGAGAAGUUUUGCCUUGCCAAGUAUAACUUGUAUAUCUUGAGUCUGUGGUAGAUUUCAAGUUCAAUGUUAUUUAAUUACAUUUGGAUUUCUGUAAACCGUGUCCCUUAUAAGCACAGUAAUAAAGGAUUUGUCAUCUAUUUGAAGAA